GGUAGUCAAGGCCCUCAAGGUCGCGUAUGCUAUGAGUAUUUUUGAUGGGUCAAGUACAAUAGAAAGAAUCAAAGGAACCAGCAACAAGUGUCUUUUUAUGACCCUGAACAGCCAUAAAUUUUAUCCGAAGGAAAAACUUUGUUUUCAUUUGAAUCAUGUCAAGAACGCUUACUUUAUCCAGAAGCAAUACCACAUCAUCGUCUUGGCAUAACUUUAACACCGAUUAGUAAUCAUGGAUUAGCUGGACCAACAACAUAUAACCCUCAAGUAACUUUAAGGUUUCAAUUCCUGUGGAUUAUUUAUUUAUUGAUUGAUUGAUUGAUUAUCUAUUUACUUUCCCCUACUUUUCGUGAUUAUUAUAGUCUACAGGAAUCAAUGAUUUCAGCAAAAAACCUAUGAGUUUGCGAGGAUAUACUUUAGGCGCUAGAACAGCACCAAGACUGACUUAUCAAGUUAAUAAUACGAAUGUUCCAGAUCCUGGAGCCUAUCAAAACUAUAUAAACAAGACAUUAACGGUGAAACCGAAUAAAAAGCCAUUUAAUAGUUGUGCACCAAGAAGUAAUAUUUCACCCAAUGUCACAUCUACUGUCGGGGUUGGAACAUACGAUAUAACCAGUGAAAUCGGUCGACGUGUCCAAUGGCAAAGAGAUACAAUGUUACAUCCUGUUAAUUUGCCUACAAUUGAACAAAAGAGUACAAUAUCAGUUAAUACAGAUAAACUUGCCACUACUGCAGAGCAUAAACGUUAUCAGAGGAAACUGGCAUAUUUACAACUUUAUUUCAAAUAGACAAUGAAUGAAUGAAUGAAUUCAUCAAUGUUUAUGAAGUGAAGUGUAAUGCUAAUAAAUUAUGUUUUU